AUGUCACGAACUUUCACAAGAGAGAGGGAUUGUUCAACAGAAGCGCCAGGACCAUCAACUGUUCAUACAGAGCUCCCAUCUCCUAUCUGCUCAAUAAGCGGCUCAAAAUCUUCUAAUGAUACUCCAAUACCUCCACCUCCUGUCCGGUCAAUAAGGGACUCAGGAUCUUCGAGUAAUGAUUUAAUACCACCACCUUCUGUCCCUUUAACAAGGGAAUCAGGAUGUUCAUAUGAUGAUAUGCCACCACCUCCUGCUAGAAAAACACGGUGCUCAGGAUCUUUAAAUGAUCAUUUAAGGCCUUCAACACCUACACGGUCACCAAGGUGCUCACGAUCUUCAUACAAUUAUUUAAUGCCUUCACCUGCUGUCCUUUUUACAAGGCGCUCAGGAUAUUCAAAUGAUAAUUCAUUACCUCCACCUCCUGCCCGGUUAGCAGAGCGCUCAGGAUCUUCAAAUAAUAAUUUAAUGCCUCCACCUUCUGCCCGGUCAACAAGGCGCUCGAAAUCUUUAAAUGAUAGUUUAAUGCCUCCACCUCCUGCCCGGUCAACACGGCGGUCAGGAUCUUCAUAUGAGAAUUUAAUGCCUCCACCUCCAGCUCGGUCGGCAAGGCGCUCAGGAUCUUCCAAUUAUAAUUUAAUGCCUCCACCACCGACCCGAUCAACAAGGCGCUCAGGAUCCUCGAAUAAUGAUUUAAUGCGAACACCUCCUGCCCUGUCAACAGGUGGAUCAGGAUCUUCAAAUAAUGAUUUAGUGCCACCACGUUCUGCUUGCCCAUCAGGGGUCUCAGGGUCUUCUGAUAAUGAUUUAAUACAACCACCUCCUUUACGGUCAACGAGAGAGUCAGAAUCUUCAAAUAAUGAUUUAAUGCCACCACCUCUUGCGCGGUCAGUAAGGCGCUUAGGAGCUUCAAAUGAUAAUAUAAUGCCUCAAACACCUGCCCGGUCAAUCAGGCACUCAGGAUUAUCAAAUAAUUGUUGA